AUAAGGAGACCUGAAGCCUGUGGAGGAGAUCGUCUGCCAGCACAGCAGGGAAAAAAAUCCACAGCACGCACUCGUCUCGUCCCCCUGCCAGCAUGUCGAAGUUUGUGCUUGUCCUGACGCUGUGGGUCCUGGUAUCGGAGAUGAGCCAAAAAUCAGAGGGACGAAAUCCAACCUACGGGGUCAAACUGUGCGGCCGGGAGUUCAUCCGUGCGGUCAUCUUCACCUGCGGAGGCUCCCGGUGGAGACGGGCUGCCAGAGCAUCUCCAGGGGAGCUGCCGGACUUCUUCUCGGAUGUCGAGCGGACCCCUGAGGAGCAGACAGAAGAAAGCUGGAACCCCGACGCCGUCUCCGGCCUCUCGUAUAAAGACUACCCCGAAUUCGAGAGCCAGCCCUGGAGGGAGCAGCUCACCAGCAUGGCUUUCAGCCGGCAGAGCCGCAGCCCCAUCUCCGAGGAGGUGCUCGAGGCGUUGCGGACGUCGGACAGGAAGGGCCGGGAUGUGGUGGUCGGGCUGUCCAACGCCUGCUGUAAAUGGGGCUGCAGCAAAAGUGAAAUCAGCUCCCUGUGCUGAGAGGGGGGGCGCCUGGGCGCUCCGAGCCUUUGUGUCCAGUUAAAUGGACGGCAGGCACUGGGAUUUCGGUCGUCGUUACUUGGACGAUCAAGUAGCCUGCCCUGCCUUUUCACUGAAAAAAUCGACAAACAUUAAACUCUUUAUUAAGUUUCAGUGCACCCUUUAUACCCCUUGAGCGGGGGGCUUGUUGAGCUGCAUGUAUACCAAUAAACAGAGUCG